AUGAUUGAAGUCUGCAACGCUUACAUUUACGUUUUUGUCUCUCAGAGUUUGCAAGUGUGGGUUUGGGAGUCUGCUGAAUAGAGUCGCACAGUGCUUUGAAAGCACUAUGCACACCUUCAGCUCUUAGAAUGUGUUCUUUCUCGAGCUCCUUGAAAUAUGUGACAGUCAUUUACUUAAAUUGUGACAUGAAAUAGGGAAGGCGCAAGAAACUAUAAGUAGUAGGUGUCCAGCUCAAUAAAUACUUGCGGGUUUCCGAAGGCUCUUUAAUAUACGAAUACUCGAUAUAACUGCAUCAGCAAACUUUUUACACUAACUGAAGACCCAAAUAGGCUUUUGCUGGACGGCCUCUUCAUGGUGAAAUUUAGAAUAUUUUUCAUAAGCCUGGAAGGCAGGGCUGUGCAGAACAAAUGCCUGCAUGUUCGUUUUACUGAAUUUUAAGCCUAUAAAUUUCGCAGAUUUACCAAACUAGAAUUUUAAAGUAGAAAUGAGAUUUUUAUUUUAAAAAUAGUAGUGCCUAUAUUACGCAAACAACAACACCUUUCUACGGGCCAGGAACGAUUGUUUUGGUGAGCCAUUUUCAUUUACAUGGUUGCUGCAUACUAGAAAACACUAGUAGACCUGCAGAUGUGGUACACAGCGUGGAAAAUUGCCUAGAUUGAAAGAUGAUCUGAUUUUCCCCAAUGAAUGUUAUCAAUUAAUCAGCAGAACGUAUUCUAUGUGGGAAAAGGGCCUUUGUGCAACCCGUUAAGCCAAUAAGUAAGAAACACGACCUGCUAGUUACAGACAGUCUGAGUGGGCAAUUAGUUCGACACUUCAUAUUGAUGUGCGUAAAUAAUCAGUGUCCGUAUAUUAAGCUCCCGUUCUUUGGUCGUUCUGGUUCUAGAACAUAGAUUAGUUUUAUCAAACAACCCUCAACGCAUCUGUAAUUUGGAUUAAGAUAAAGAACUAGUUAAGGUUUCCGAAAAGCGCCAGAGGUCGACCGAUGUGGCCGCUGCACAACAGCGGGUUGGCUCAGACGACCAAUGAGCGCGCCUUUUGGAAUGUAGAAUAAAUUACCGGCAGUAAUGACUUCGUCGUGCCCUAGACUCCCUUGCAAUUCUGAGGCUAACAGUUUUAGCCAAGAAACGAUAAACUGUUGUCCACAAAUUGCGCGCAGUAACGUAUUACUGCGUACUACUAAGUAAUCAAAAAGUGUACGCCGGAGCAUUUGGAGUUCAAGACAACGCUCAUACUUCUGUUUCUGCCAUCUUAUAUUGACUGAACUUAAUAAAUAAAGUUAGUAAAGUCUCGAAGUCGAGUCCGGGUGCCUCGGUUUCCAAGAAUAAAUUUCGCUGACAAUUUCGCCUAAUCCAAGUCUUUUCGUAAUACCUUCACGGCAACCGCCCAGAUUCUUUAAAAGUUCUCUGUGGUGCGGCAUCGCACGACCUUCAAGAUUUGUUUCUUUCCCAAAUAUUCAGGUUAAGUGCACCCAAAAACAUCAAAAUACAUAGAUUAAACCAAAAAAUCAAUACUUAUAAGUCUUUUACGCAAUAUUUAUAAAGGCUUGCGUUGUUACCAAUUGAAAUGGAAAUUUUGCUCGGUGUAAAACUAUGUUAGGUGAUUUGGUAUUGGCCGGACGUUCUGCUUUUAUGUGAGACUUACGUUUAACUAAUUAAUGAGUGUACUGACAAAAAUACAGAAAUGACACCUACCUACAAUCAACUUCUGUGUGAAGCCUGGAAGAAGCAAAAUUAUCACUUAAGAAUCCAGUUCAAAUUGAAAGCAGAUCUCUUUCGACAUACAAAUGUCAAGUAUAAUUUGCCAGGUUUUUUGGGGUAUAGUGACCUGCCUAAAAAUGUAAUUGUUGUUUCACAAACUUCAAACGAGACAAAUGCAAGGAGGCAAUUGUCAAACUCGCUAUCGCUGAAUCCUUACUAGGCUUUAUGGAAUGGAAACUAUAUGCGACAAAAAGCGUUUCUUUCUGAUUUCGACCCGUACCUUGGCUAUUUGUUUUGAAAAUAUCAAGAAAAGCACGAAUAGAUUUUGAUUGGAUCCAUAUCUUUCGUUCUGUCAUAAGGAGCAAAACAGAUCCAUGAUUUCUUCGUUUAAUUGCAUAUCUUUUAAGCAGUGGUUUAUUCAAGACUUUUAUCUGGAUAAAAAUAUGAUAACACAGCUCUGUUUGACUGGCCGGUCAAUCUCAGAAAUUUGAGUAGCUAUAAAUGAACCGAUCCUCUUUGUCUUUCUUGGAGCUUCUGUUUGUUCAGGUUUACUUUAGCACCUCCUAUCGGUCGGCUCGCAUUCUCACUGACUGUAAUAAAUCAGCGAGGAGGGACGACAGAGAAUGCGGGUAGAAUUAUACAGUACUCUUUCGGGCUUAUUGUGCCUUCAUUCAGCCAAUCAUAACCCUGACCAACAGCUGGGACCAGAAACACAGACAUGCGCACAGACGCACCUGGCGCAGUUGAUCCACCACUGGGGUCUACCAGAUGGGUCAUAAGCACUUCAUCGAACCGAAGUUCAUCAGUGCCUCGCCACCUGUCAUUCUCUGUCGCUGCAGAUCGGGUAUUUAUCAAUCAGGAAUGGGCGCACACCGAUCUAGUGGCUUCACAAAGCAAACAAGCCCCGUAUGGGUGGCAAAAGUCACGAACAGGCAACCAAUUACCAGGCCGAAGUCGGCCAAGUCAUAAUAGCAGCGAGGAGGAACGACAGAGAAUGCGGGUAGAUUGAAACAGUACUGUUUCGGGCUUAUUGUGCCUUCAUUCAGCCAAUCAUGACCCUGACCAACAGCUGGGACCAGAAACACAGACAUGCGCACAGACGCACCUGGCGCAGUUGAUGCACCACUAGGGUCUACCAGAUGGUUGCCUGUUCGUGACCUUUGCCACCCAUACGGAGCUUGUUUGCUUUGUGAAGCCAAUAGAUCGGUGUGCGCCCAUUCCUGAUUGUAAUAAAUCAGCAUAUUCUUCCUUACAGUUUUUAUUCUGACUGUCAAAUACUAUUUGCGUCUCCCAUCCCUAUCUAUGCAUUUUUCCGUCUUCCUUUUACCUCGGGACCAGCCCGGAGAUCAUAAAUUAACAUGCAGAUGCAGAGAUUAUUAGCAACAGAAUCUGUUGCUAUUAAUGUAGACGUCCUGUGUUUGAUUUCAUUUUAUCUUCAAGAAGAAAUUGUAAUUUUCUAUUUUGUCGAUCUCUAGUAUGAGAUCAAUUAAAAAGAAAAGGCUAUGCAUCAAUUCAACUCUUUCCGGCCCUUGCGCGAUCACGAAUUAUGUACAUAUGCUAUGUGUGCCGAUGGUAGGCGCUUGGCAGCAUUAAGGACGAAUCAUUUGCAGUGCUCAUGAGUAAGUCUGCAACGCAUGACAAGCAGAGAAACCCACUGGUUGAAAAUCGGUUAAUCUACAUGUGGUCCCCGAAGACAAACUGCUGAAGUCUAUGAAAAUUUGACAUGCUUUUUCACACGCUCCAGAGGCGCUUUUCCGUAUGUCUUCGAUAAGCAAGAAAGUUAAUAAAUAGCCAUUCCAUGGUAUAACCUACUAGCAUCCUUCUCUUAUUAGACGUUAAAAAUCCCAAUUUUUGUAAGGAUCCAUGCACCUAUGUAACGAUAGUUUUUGUUCUAAGCAUAUUUUCCAGGGUUCUAAUCUUAAUGGCGUGUCGAUCAGUCAGCAUAGUUCAUAACUGGUAAUUUUGACUCGCUAAAUGUCAGUUUACAACUACUCUAAUGGCAGAAACUUUGCCCAAAUUUUAUUCCGACAUGCUCGUCAGUAAGGCGCUUUUGGUAUCCCACAACCACUUUUUCUGCUAACAUCUGCUUAAAGCAAAUUUAUUGUUAAACAAAAGUCCUUUUUUGCCGUGUCAAAGCAUUUUUAACGCCAAAGCAUACUCUGUCAUCUGAGCGACUGAAGUAAAAAAAAGCCCAAUCAGAGACACCCGGGGCAUGGAUCAGGCUUUAACAAGCUAUGCUAAUUAAAGGGAAGAAGCUCGGAUCCACUGCAUGAAGCUAAUCAGCACGAGCAGUAGCAACAAUGUAAGAACUUUACACUAGCGGAUAUGGUGAUGAAAAGCAGCAUUUGUCAGUCCGGGGUAAGAACCAAGAUUUUUCCCUAGUUAACUUUUUGGUAGUCGGCUGAUAACAAUCAAGGUAACCCAGGUAAUUAAAGAUAGCCAUGUCUCCUCCUUGUUGAUCAAUGGAGGUACUGAUAAAGGCAAAAUAGGCAGUGGUGUCUCCAAUAUGAGCCUCAGAUAAACCGCCAUUUGUGGUCAUAGGUGCCUAAAACGUCUCAUACAAAUGAGCUUUUUUGUUAUCAUUUUGUGAUAUGCCUGACUCACACCUCCUCCCUUCUUUUUCAGCACCGACUGGGGAUAUGCGAAAUGUCCGUCAAUCGUGAUACGGGUUUGCCCACAUCCAACGUCUCUCAAGGCCAAAACCCCCAUAUGGAGGAAUGUAUGAAUUAUCGUUAUUGGCCCCUCUAUGUGGUGUCCAUACUGGCGACAUUCUUUGGAGGUCUUGUCUUAAUACUCCUUUAUAGAGCCGGUGUUAGACUUGUGACUUAUUUUUCUCGCUGCAAGGUCGACGUAGCCACAAGGCGCAACCAUUCUCCCCGAAUUCCGAACUUUUCAUCUAGUACGCCGUCUCCAUUGGGCGGAUCCGCCGUGUCCGCCCUAGAUUAUGAAACCUCUAACCAUAAACGUUUAGCUAUGCACUGCAAACAGCGCCUGGCCAACGUUAUGCGCCAAAUUCGGCUUUUCGCCAUUCGGUUAGUGAGUUACCAGUACCCCGUUGGACGUUUCUUUAUCAUCAUGUCAAUGCUCCUUAGUCUGGCCUCCUUCGGAAUCUUCGUAGCAGAGGCAACGAUGUGGCCAAGUGAGAUUGAGAAGUGUGGACAUAAGGGACGUCGAUUACGUUGGUUGGACUUUGCCUUCAACCUCUUUUUCCUUCUACACUUUUUGGCGCGCUUCGCUGCAGCUGAGGAUAAGUUGGUCCUUUGGUUAGACUGGUUCUCCAUUUUGGACUAUUGCACCGUGCCACCGACCCUUGUAGCUUUUGCCUUCCAAAGAUCUUGGAUGGGUUUGCGUUUUGUUCGCAUUUUUCGGCUCUUCAACCUCGCAGAGGUGCUGCACAAUCUUAAUGUGAUAAAGUCGGCCUCUGCAUUGCGUCUGUGUCAGAUUUCCUCCUUCUUCCUCGCCGUCUGGUUGGCAGGGGCAGGAAUGGUUUAUCUGCUUGAAAACACUGGAGAUCCGUUCGGCGAAUACCCCUAUGGAAAUGCAGUGAAACUGAGUUACACGGACUGCCUCUACUUCACGCUUGUCACCAUGUCAACUGUGGGCUAUGGAGACAUCAGUGCGUCAACCCUGCUAGGACGCGUCUUCGUUAGCAUAUUUAUCCUAUUUGCCCUUGCUGCUUUUGCCAGCUGUAUACCCGAGAUCGCGGACGUGUUAUUUUCCUCCAGUAAGUACUCAGGCCACUAUACCAAGUCGGAGAAUCGCCGUCAUGUCGUCGUGUGCGGUGAUGUCACUACAGAGUCAGUCAAACAUUUUCUGGAUGACUUCCUACACCCCGACAGGCGGCGCAAUGACGUUGACGUGGUCUUUAUUAACCGUGCAAAACCUGAUCUACAAUUACAAAGCAUUCUCCAUCGAAAUUUUACUCGCGUUAGAUAUUUCCAAGUGAGUUAAAUGCAUUUUUUAUCGAAUGUUGGCUCUUAAACUGGAAGGCGUUUCGACGAAAUUUUUAAAUUUCUUUUCAACGGAGUUGCUGAAGAAUCCGAUCUGCUUACUAGCAAACCGACGUCAACGUUACCCUCAUCGUACCUUACCAACAAAAUCUCAAAUAUGUCGCAAAUUUAAUUUACAAAGCAGAGUCGAAAUUAAACUCACUAUACUGUCGUAUGUGCUGGGUGAUUUUUUCCCGGAAAAUAAUUAACCAGUCCAUGCGUAAGUUAUAAGUACUUUUUAAAACUAGGGCGCUUGCGGGUGUCUUUGAUUUUACACGUUUUCCUAGCACUUAUAGCCAAAUGGACUCUUAGAAAGUUAUUUCCGAUCCCAUUAAACCUGCUAAGCUUAAAGACUAAGCCUGGACUGAAGAUCCUGAAAAUAAGUACUUAGAACCCAGGGCUUGGUUUUCCGGCUGAAGUCUUGCGUAUGCUAAGUUGGAAGCAGUAUGAUUUGAACCAGGGGUUCUGCAAUAAGAGAGCUAGAGAAAUUUUGCUUGCUCUGUAACAACUUGGAAAGAGUCCAAAAAUCUGAUUCUGACGUCUUCUUUGGCUUUUAUUUCCAACAAUACUUUUAAGGUCAGCUGACCAGCUGUAACAUCGUGACGGUCUUGUCUAACGAUGCACGACCGUUAGCUGAAGUUUAAAUUGCAGACAUACCCUGCGCGAACUUAGGGUACUGGUAACUGAAGUUAUAACUUUCUCCCUUAACUAUGCUCAGGGUCUCAAACCACCUGGCAUGUUACAAUUGUCUUUAGGGUCAUUUUGUAACAGCCUUGAGUGCCCCACCCAUACAUAAAAUGCGGCUACAGCGGCUAUGGGAGUUUCGUCAUUUAUCUUAGAUAAACAUGUUAAAUCAUCCGUGAAGGUAUUUCUAUAGAGUUAGAAAGAACGUGUAAGUUUGGAGUGGACCUUUAACGUUAUUUAACCCUGCAAACAGGGUAUUUUCUGGGAUACAAAUUGGUGUAAUUUUUAUCACACCGAAGAGAAGGAAUGGUUAAUCAGAAAAUUUCAAUUGGCUGUUGACGUUUUAUAGAACAACAAUGUCUAUCUAAAAUCAAGAACUUGUGUUUCCCAAGUAGCGCCAUCAUUUUAAUACUCAGAGUCCCGUUCUCCAGGGAAUCUGAGACUUGACAAGCCAACGCAGCACUACGACGUUCUGUUUGCUGCCGGUCGACGGCGCUUGUGUUUUUUGUCCCGAUGUCUGCCCGUGCCCAUUAUACCUAUUUUAGUCCUGGCUUUUUGAAAAACGGACUAACGCAGUCAACCGUGGGCGACUCCACUCCCUUUCUCACUGCACUUGCUUUUGUUUGAUAACCAGACGUUUGUGAUACUUUGUCAGGUGACAAAUAGGAGCCCCCUAUUCCGCAGGCUGCUCAGCGUGACGGCUGGCUGACAGGCACACAUGUCGUGGUCGCCUGGAGGCAUGAGCGUCUCACAAGCCCACCACUCCAUGAUUUGGACAUGUGGUUUUCCGCUGCGAGCUAGGACCUGCCUUCCAGCUGAUGUUUUUACAACUGUUAACUGGCUUUUUUCCCGAUCGCAAUCUUGCAGUCGUACUGAAGUCUCAUCGAGGGCUGAGUUCUCCAGGUUUGGGAUCCAGUCUUUUGAGUGCUUCAAAUCUCGAAUGGGUGUUAAGCCAGGUCUGUGUGCCACCACUAUUUUAGGAAGAACAAGGAAUGCAGUCAAGGUUUUGGAGGAUUCUUUGAUAAGCAGAUUCUAGGACAUUAUCAUGGCUCUUUGGCCGCUCAAUCCGGUCUCUUCAACGUAGCCUGCUCGUCCCAAGAGAAACUUCUUGAUAAAUGCUAUUCCAGAAAAUUUACCUCGGAUGUUUGCUGUUUUCCUUUAUAACGAAUACUAUGGUGCAAUUGCGGUUCGCUCGCUUGCACAGCGUGUUUAACAACUCCCCUUGGGUUGUAGCUUGCGACCGUUGUGAUGACCUCUACGACGGCCCACGCUGUCAAUGAGCUGAGCCAGAACGGCAGCCAGAUUGCGUCAAAGUAAUCGUAAAACUGACUACGCAGAUUUCGCGUGAGCCCAUUACCCAUGUCGUGGCACGCUUGGACGUAGUCUUCACAAAUCACUAGUCACUACAUACAAUCCUGACAGCAUAUGACCGACAGGCUCGAAUAGCGGAUUGGUAAAUGGGAGAGGGGAGAGUGAUUGAGGUCGACACUGCGGAACUUAUCCAAACGGUAAAUCAGCGCAUUUCUCACCAUAAUAAGUCCGAAGAGAAGGGACGGCUUAAAGAGAACGACGACUGUGGCGUCCUUUAAAUCCUGAGGAAUUUCUUCUUGACACCUCAUUUCCUGGAAGAGCGUUGACAGAUGAUCCAUGAAUUGGGGGCAGUUGUACUUGCAAAUCUCACCAGAGAUAGCGUCCUAUCCGGCGCUUUCCCGAUGGAGAGCUAUUGCACGGCCCUGACGGUUUCGUGGAGGGAGGGCAGGCGUUGGUCUCUACCUGAGGCCCACGGACGGUGGUGGCGUCGGAAAUGGUGGAGGGACGGUUGAGGACGUCUCUAAAGUGCUCGGCCACCGCCUUAGAAUCUGCGUCUUCUCAGUGAGUAUGGUGAUCCUGUCGCCGCUGAGAAGAGGAGCGGUGUUUCUGGCUCUGGGACCGUAGACAUCCUUGAUCGCAGCGAAGUUCUUCCAUUCGUUGCUGUCCGCGUACCCCUCCAUCUCCUCGGCCUUGCAAACCGUCCAAGCGUACUGCAUCUUCUGCAGCCGCUGUUACAAAAGGCGGCGACUACAGUAGAGAGCUGUUGUGUUGUCGUCGGUAGGACGCUUGACGUAGGUUUUGUGCAGACGAUUCUUCCGAGCGGGUGGGUUGCUUAUAGCGGCGUUACCGUCGUCGAACCAAUCCUGACGUUCACGGUUUUCGUGGCCGAGGACAGUCGGGGCGGUUGACUGUAUCACGUCCAUCAGUUGGCUCAAUUGGUUCUCCACGAUGGCCUUCUCGUCAACUGUGGCGGCGACUGUGACUGGAGGGUUGGCCAACCGUUGACCUAGCUGAUCGCUGAAAUUGAUAUGGAGAGCAGGCAAAGACAACAAAGCAAUAUUCAAAUCACCUGGUUGUCGCUUAGCUUGCUGUCUUCUGAGUGGCUAUAGGAGGAUCCUCAUUUUGGAGAUGGUGUGGCGAUGGUCGGUCCAUCUGUCAGCACCCGGGAUCGUCUUCGUCACCGGCACGUCCUGCUGGUCUCGCUCACGGAUGAGGGCAUAGGCCAGAAGGUGCUCGUGUAACGACCGAGGGCGCAUCCACUUGGCCUCCUUUCGCAACAGGAGGCAGAAUUAGGUGUUGGUCAGAAUAAACCAGUUCUGUGCACAGGUUCGUAGUCAUAAAGGACAAUUAACUUAUUCCCCUUAGAUACCGUUGCCAGGAGUGUGUGCAGGCCGCCGUAGAAUCUGUUUCUUGCCGAGUCAGGGUUGGUUAUGUGGGGAGGGUGCGUAGAUGCUGACUAUGGUGGCGAAUUUGCCUACCUGGUGAGGCAGGCGGAAGCUCGUUGGGCGAUCGCUGAUGCCCUGUGGCAGACAGAUGCUGUCGUCCCACCAUGUCGUUUCAGAUGGCCAAGACGACGCCCGCUUCCCGUCUCUCUGACCUAGGGCGACCGCUCCAUAAGAAGGUGUAGCCAGCACCCACCUCUUCCAGUUGGCCUUGUUCGGAGAAGUGGGUCUCCACCAGUUCCCGAGCGACUAGCGCCGCCAGAGUGAGCAGACUCCUCUUAGCUGCCUGUGGGGUGGGGCGGCGAGGAGAUGAAGGAAGAGAGUAUUUUGUAUUGUAUUUUAGUUUUCACCGCACGUUAAGCAGUCUGCGGACCACGGUCUGCGCGCAGAUAUCGUGAAGCUAGCUUUGUUUAGGACACCGUUUAUAGCCCCCCCUCGCAGGAGAAAGCGGUGCUCUCCCUAAAUAGGGCUGCGUUGUCGCACCAGACGGGCACUGCUCUCCACUAUGGAUCACAGGCUUCAGUGAGAGAACGACCAAUGACCUGGGCCGCCUACGUGAUUGCUGUCGGUCUCUCCAUAGGACUUCCGACCGUGGGGCAAGGCAGUUAAGCAGAGUAGAAAGAAGAGGGUGAAUGGAGGACAGAGAAAUGCGAAGAGAAGGCACAAAGUAGUAGAUAUGGGCAGGUCAUUCAGCCACUGGGGCAGUAGCUUGACAAGUGCUGAAGGCCACGAAUGAGUAGGCAAAGAUAACGGACUAAUAUUCAGUUUACCUGGGGGAUCGCUUAGCUUGUGACCUCCUCCCAGGUUGCAGACGGAGCCUUAUCUUGGGCUGGCGAUGCGGUGAGCCGCAGAACUUUCGACUGUGGGGAAGAGAGUAGAGUGGAGAGCAGAUAGAGUGGGGACGGAGGAGAAGGACGGAGAAUAGGGGUGAAGGUGUAAAAAGGAGCAGCUCUUCCAGCCACUGCUUGCAGAGUUCUUGUGGCUUCAUGCGGUGUUGCAGACGGAGCCUUAUAUCGGAGUUGACGAGGCAAUGACCCAUUCUCCUAGCGGUGGAAAAGGGAGCCGAGUCGUCGUGUGCGGAGAUGCACCUGUUUAAUCCGCCGGUCAAAGCAGUUGCCGGGGUGUAGCCGCUAGACAGACCCUAGCUCCGGGGAGUCAUAUGUGAGAGUUGAGUAUCAGUUAACAGAUUCUAUACGUACCCAACAAGUGCGAACAAGUGGGCACCCACUACGACCAUCACGUGGACCCACAAAUGGACAUCUCUGCACCCCAGUUUGUCACAUACCAGUGUUUGCAAAGUGUGAACCAUAUUGUCCGUUUGUCACUUCAAUGUUCUCUUGGAUUUCGGAACCAGUUGCCUUAGAGCAGCGUCACAGCUGACUUCACUCGCUUCUUGAUCAUUCAGGGGUUCUGGAACCUUGAUUUGGCAGUUUUUUCCACCAAAGACAAUGGCGAGACAACCUUUGCCCCUAAGUAAGGUUUUAGAUACAUUAAAACCUCUUGUUUCUCAUUUAUCAGCACUAUUGUAAAGCAAAACACUAGAAGGCAGCAUAGUAGUUUAAUUCGCAAUGCACAAACCAGAUGAAAGCAACUAGCAAGUCACAACGUGAACGCUGGUGUUUUGGGCAAGGCAUGACAGAAUGGGACGCACCUAACUGGAUUUUUUUGCAGAAAACUGCUACUUCCGGCUUAUAUGCCGUCGUCGGUCUAGCACAGGCCGUUCUCGGUAAUUCCAGAGUGAUGAUAAUAUUGGAAUGAAUACGUUCACUGUUGAAGGUUAUUCUUGCCCGAUUUGUGUUCUUCAUCAAGAAUUGUUUUAAAACUGCCCUUUUAUCCUGAGAGCAGAGGAAUGUUGUUAAAAGGAAUCAAAUGCCUUUGCUAAGCCAGUAUCUGUUUUCGUCUUCGUUUGCUUCCCAGGGAACCGUGAUGAACCAUAUUGACCUCGAGAGGGUUUGCAUGAGCCGUGCAGAUGCCUGUUUGAUUCUGGCAAAUAGUACAGCCGUCGAUCCAAAUCAGGAGGAUGCAGCUAACAUCAUGAGAGUUGUGGCGGUCAAGAAUUACGCCAGUCACGUCCGUGUCAUCGUUCAGAUUCUACAACAGUCGAAUAAGGUAAGUCUAUUGAAAGGAACUAAGAACUCAUUGAAAGAGUCACUCUUCGGUGAAAUUGUUUUGAUAAUGUUGUAAACUUUUUCGUAGCGAUGUUAGAAGCUGUUGUCCUCAUUGCAACACCUAACAUAUCGCCUAUCUAGCACUUCAAUCAGACGAUGAUGCAGUCAUCGAGUGAGUAGUUUCAUUUGCCUGAUUUUUAUAAGUCCUACACGCAUUUAUAACGGGAGGAUUAAUAACUUCCAUCUCUACUGUUGACCUUUGCCCAGUUGUCUUGUCACAUCAUUACAUGACGUUCCAUAUUCAUAUGUGUCUGCGCGGGCAAACAUGUGGGCAUCUGUGUAUGCGUCUACUCAUGUGGGGGCGAAUCUUUGUCUAAGUACCUGCAAACGUGACCACACUUACGAUUAUUAGGGGAACAAAUAACAACGAUUACAUGGGCCUUGUUUAUGCUCCUAGCCCGUUUCGCUAUCUACGCCUACCUUGGCGAGAUUUUGGCAUCAGAUUGCCGUUCGCAACACAACUGCCCAUAAGCACUUCCCCACUUUUCUGCCAAGUGGAUUGGAAAUAAAGGCGUCGGCCUGUGUGAGAUGCAGCAGUUGUCGUGCUUUUGCCAGCCAAUGUGACAUCGCAUAGACUAUUUCCCUCAUUUAGACUUGAUGUGUUUAGUGAAAAAAAUGAGGAAUGUAGCAGUCGAUGCUGACUUCACUUGAAGCGUGCAGCAGUGUCCGCAUUUACAUGCGACUUUCUAGGAAAACAUAAAAUACUCAGACGUUCGAUUGAACUACUUGUCGGUUUUCAAAUUGUGCAACGGAUUUUGUUUCUCAAACGGACAUAAAGACGGAACCUACUUGUUCUGCCACAUUAUUACAAGACGUACACUUGAGUAUGUUAAGCAGACCAAACAGAUCGUAUUUCCUCAUUAUCUUCAAAUCAGCGUUCAUGAGGACAUCAUGGUUGAUUUUGAUGGACAUUGGCGGACAGCGUUUCGUUAAAAUAUGAGACGAACCCUAGUAAAAAUCGCCAUCCGCAUAAAACAUGGUACACAAUUCCACCCGGAUAGGGUAACAUUCAGUAAUGAGCAGUUGUAAGCAACACUGAGGGACCCGAAUUAAAACAUGCUAUUAGCCAAAGCGCGUAUUAAUGUUUCAUCUGCGCGCCUUAAACAAAAACAGGAGACCGUACGAUUUAACAGUGUUCCUUAUUAUUUAAGUUAUACCGUGACUUAUGAGACUAUUCUAACAAAUAAACCUUAUUUCAAUAUUGAUGUUUUCCGAUAUUUUUAGCCUUAGCCAUAUCAUUAUAACUUGUAUGAUGGAUGUUUUCAUAAAAAAGUAUUAACUUUCCACGAGCAACAUUAAUGGUUAUUUCUUUAACGUUUCCGACCUAUUUUAAAGCCAACAUAUGCAUUGGCAUCCGUUUACAGGAUUGGAAUAUUAGUCACAGAUAGCAUAGAGGAGGACGAUGUAGAAUCGUUAAGUGAGGCAUGCUUAUUAAUUGUCUAAUAUUUCCGAUAGAGAACCAGGCCGCCCACAUUCAAAAGUUACUUGAAGCUCUAGUCAUUCAAUACUGAUUGUCGAUUGAGUAUUCAUGCGCUUAGACCAUAAAUCGAUAUUGGUGAGAUGAGCAUGAAGGGCAGGACGAAAUCCCUCUACUAUACAAUACUGUGCGUACAAUAACUGGUUAAAGUUAGACGACAUGCUUGUGGUUAACCAAUUCGUCAAGCUAGCCAAACCUGAUUGACGAGUUUGUUGAGCAAGUAUGUGGGUAUGGAACGCACACGUUUCCCCCCCCCCCCCCCCCCAAACGGGCAAAGAGGUAGAUGAGCUGGACCAGCACGGGGACUAAAUCGGAUUCUGGCAGGUGUUAUCGGAUUGCGCACGACAACCAAUGCCAACAUUUCCGGAUGCGAUGGCGGACUCGGUUGUCGGCAGUCGUCGCGCACACUGGGAUCCCUGCCACUCCCCACUGUUGUUGUUGUUGAUCGAAAACCUCAUUAUUUGCUGAGUGGAACAGGGGGUGUGGAGUAGAACGUCAUGGUACGGGCUCAACCGUGCCAUCCACCUGCGCCCUCCCCCGCCUCUGGUCUUCUUGACUCUGUCUUGACGCCAGGUCCAGGUGGGGAGUGGGGAGUGAGAGUGCGGUAGAUGCUGCGCAAGUUCACUAUCAUUAUAAACUAAAUUACGCGCGAGUCACCCUCCCUGUUUCCACCCUACUGAGGAGCACACGACGGACAUCCUCGUAAUCAGCGAUCGAACUGUCGGGUAUGAAACCCAUGUAAACACUCAUAUUGACCCUAAGGUCUAGGGCUUGUUGUUUAGCUUUCUUUCUCCCUCGUACGAAUCUUGCGAUUUGUUGGUCCCGUGAGCUAGCGUUUUUAAUUACGAAGUUAUGUUUAAUCAAAGGGCACCUUUAGUGCACUAGGCCAAAUUCUAUCAACUUUUUGCCUUUGUUCACAUUAGGCGUGAGUAUUGUCGCAUGACUCUGUUUCGAUCAAGUCAGAAUUGACUUGUUGUUGUCAAGUGCGUUAGAUAACAAUCACAAACACCCAAAGCAUACUUCGGGAGACAGAGAAGCAGCUUUGAUGCAAGACGGAACAGUCGUGCCAUAAGAAGUCCUGAACAACUGUCUUUUUGUCAGCGAAUUGAUCGGACAAGCGGUUAAUAGUUCGCUCAGCCCACCAAUGUGAUCGUCCGAUAUGAAUGCCUAGGACACAGGUUCGUCGCGUCAGCGGACACCACAAAUGGUCAGCUGGCGAACAGUCGUACAACACAGUAUGCGCACAUGCGGACUAACAUCACGUUAGUUCUUCAUACAGGAGCGGUGCGUAGAAGACGCAAGUGUCCUGCGGGAAUGCAUAAACAUAUAAUGAAGUUUCGGUAGCUCAAAUGCAUUCAUCCCAUGAAGCAUAGUUAAAAAGUAGCCAAACUCUUAAAGGUACCUAUUUGCGAUUAUGGAGUUAGAGGUUCUAUCCCAUGUACCUGGUAAUCCAAAUCAUUACGACAUGCAACGUCAAACUGUCAUUGAUGACCAGCACCAUCGGUGAAACGCAACCACAUAUGUUUCUUAGCAGCAACCCACUUGCCACGAGAAUGAUGUUCGUAAGACAGACGCAUUCCCUAUGCCAACACUUCUAACUCCAAUUUGUAAAGAUCAGGUGAAAUGCCGCUAAAUGAUCAAAUAUUCCGGGUUCGGUUCCGAGGUGCUGCAAGCCAGGGGCUCCAUAUGGUUGGCUGAUGCCGCCCAACAAACCAGAAAUUCCCAUGUUUUUGUCGCAGUCUUCCUCUUUUUGACUGCCUACGGGGCUCUAUAUCAAGCAUCUAAUCCUAAAAAGGUUAGUAUGCCUCUAGAAUCUAUUGGUGAACGCCCUCUAUCUUAACGUGUAUCGGUCGCUGGAACGGGCCAAGCCGGAGAUGCGCCUGACCAACACGGGGGCAGGAUGAGAGCAUGACAAAAGUUGGUCGAGGUGCUCAGGGUUCCCGCAUCCCGUUACAAACGGCACACAUGUAGGUUGUGGUGGCACACCUAGGUGCGAGAUGACUUGUGCCCAAUCCUCGUACCAAAUAGCUGACAGGCUCGGUCAGUAGACUCGUUGAUGUGAGAGGGGAGAUAGAAUGAGGUCGACUCUAGAGAAUCCUUACUCUAGGACGUCCCAGCGCAUAACCCUCCCUAUAAACAAGCUUACGCGAUAUUAAACGGUUGUAGUGGUCAAAGGAUAACAGGCCAAAUUACGUCACACACAAUAAGUUCGUUCCGUCUGAUGGCAGGAGUCAGAGAGCGGUGUGGGCUGAUUCAUUCCGAACAGAGGGCAGGUUACCAUGGCUUGGGAAUUUGCUUAUGGGUCACUUCGUGAGAGCAUGAGUAGCGGAGUGCUGUUAUUAACGCUUUUCUGCCGUGCAUUCACAAGCAUGAGCAAGUGGCUUCCUGUCUCGGUUGUUACAUGGGCUGCCUGGGGCACAUGUUCACAAGAAAAAAUGGCCAGGUAUGGCAAACUACGCAGGUCAAUGCGUCGCUCAGUGACGUUCUAUCGUGGGCGCUGGCACGGCUGCGCUAAAAUUCGUGGCUUGGAAGGCUGCCAACUGACGGGGUAAUUCAGUCCUCUCCGGACGUAGAGUCAGGUGCAAUGGCUCCUUGUCAAUGUGACCUCCAUGGCACUCCAACUCAGAUGGGUUCCAAGCCGUCCCCUUUGUUGUUCCUGUGAAAAGCUGGUUCAACUUGCGUGAACCAAGCGUGUGCUUUAGGCAAAGGUCGGUUAUUUAGCGUUGUCAGCCAUAUCUCCCGAUUCUGCCUCUCGUCGUUCUAACUCAGUCUCGCCAUCAGGUCCAAAAGGGGGUGGGAGAAGGAGGAUUGCUACUUAGGUAGUCCUUGUUUGCUGUGUAGCUUUUGCAGACGGCUGAAAAGAGGCUCAUUUAGAAACCGGCAUUCUGGCGUGACUGAACUAUCUUAAAACAAUGCUACACGAUACUUAAUGUUGUGACAUUGCUUGAGUAAUCUUUUCGAAUCGAAACCCUAUUUCGAAAUUUCGGUUAACAAUUCAUGAGAUAGAACGUUUACAGAGAGUGUACCUUGCAAAAACAGACCAUAUAAAUUUGAUGCGACUUCAUUGUAUCUUGAAGUUUGCAACCUACCUUUUGGGCAAGCAACAACGAUGCGAGUUCCUUCCCAGGCGAAUUUGUUUUCGCUGUUAGUGUGUGCAUGACCAUCCUGGAUAGAGGGUCACAGCUUCGCACUGAUAGCUAAUGUUCAUGUAUACGGUGAAAGUCAGAUUUUACGGUUUCGCUACAAUUAGCUGCAUCGCAACUGACGCAGUAAAUAUUAGACGACUUUCUUUCUAAUGAAAUAGCUAACCUUGCCAUUAGAGUAAACAGACUAUGUAGGUACUUGUAUAUUUUGGCACCACCCACGUCUGACCUUUUAUUCGACCGUUUUAACCAGCCCGGUUGCGUUUUCCGCGUUAAGACAGAGAUUGCAGAUAUUAGAUUUGGUGGCUGGGCCGCCAUGACAACAAAAUUAUCCUUUUCUUUGCGCGUCUUCUUCUUAUCCGUCGAGCUCAGAAUUGAGGCCAUUAGUCAUCCGAAGUACUUCAUGAGUAUCUGAAUAAGCCACUCAUGAGCGAUUUGGAGGCGAGGAGCCGAAAUUCUGACCCGAAACCCUCUUUGUAAAGAGCGUCUUCGAGUUGAUGACAGGAAUCCUAAAAUUCUUUGGGCGGGUCAUAAACUGACCUCAGUCAUCAGACAACAAGUAGGCCAAAGGCCUCGAUAAGGUAAACGGGACAAUUGACAUUACUCCAAGGCAUAUCAAUUCCAGAUUGGUUAAUUUUCCAAUUGUCAUGACACAGACUGCACGAGCACCAGCUUCUAAAGAAUUCAAGAACAAAUUGUCUUUGGCCCACGAACACGUGCAACGGGAAACCAUAUAUUACCUUUAAGAAAUUGAGGAUUACUGCUUAAAAGUUAGUCCUUACUUAACCUAGUCAGGAAUUUGCACUCCGCCUACCAGGCAUUGCGUGCAAGGAUCCAAUCGAUUCAUUUAGGACUAAAGGAAAAAAUUGGGCAAAGUCACGUGUGUACAGCAGCUGACAUCCGCAUCCGUUUGUUUUCAUGUACAUAUAGAAACGUUCCAUACUUUGUUCAGUAAUUAAAAAUUUUGUACUCGAUUUUCAGGCUAUCCAGAACUGGCGUUAAAUAUUGGCUGAACAAUGAUGAUUUCAGACUUAAUAUAAUCACUUCAGCUCGUUUUUUCCGCGUUCCGUUUGCAUAAAUGAUAAGAAACAACAAAAAUAACUAAUCAACUUACUCGUAUUUUCUAAGGAUGAGGCAGCUAAUCACUUAAAUACAAUAAAAGAUAUAUAGAGAGUUUUGUUUUCGUUCGACUGUCUCCUCUCCGGCGCUUGCAUAUAUUUUCUUUUGCUCAUCCACAGUCGCAUCUGUUGAAUAUUCCAACCUGGAACUGGAACGCCGGAGAUGAAAUCGUUUGUCUGAGCGAAAUCAAAUUAGGUUUUCUGGCACAGAGCUGCCUAGCUCCCGGCUUCUCGACUCUUCUCACGAACCUCUUCUCUAUGCAGUCUCUACACGGACCAAAUUCUCUGGCUAAGGCUGUUAACACCGUGCAUAAUCAGCUAAAAAAUGUCCCCUCUUCAUCUUACUCAACGCACCAUUCCGAACCUCGAAGUCGUCGGCUGGGCAGUAUCAACAUCGUCUUUAAGCGUGUGCGUAGUCUCUACCGGUCUUCGAUACACCGAAAGGAAACAGAGACCGGAAGUUUUUCUGCGCAUACGGAACGUUCGGUCUCCGUUCCAACAGUUGCCAUCAAGGACUUUUCAGGUCAGGGCUCCAGGUCGGCCAACCCGUCAGUGAUGCUUCCUCCACUUUUAAAUGGAGGUCAUCACUGGCUCACAGAGUACCUUCGUGGCGUCAGUAUGGAGCUCUACUCAGCCAGCUUCUCAGCCGCAUUUGAGGGCAUGACCUUCGCGCAGGCUGCAGUGCUCUGCAUGAACAAAUUGGAGCUAAUGCUCAUUGCAUUAGUGAUUUCAAGUCCAUCCCCUGAUGAAAGUGGGGAAGAAUCUGUCGACUACCUGCUAAUUAAUCCAUCCGUCUCCUCGAUUGCCAUCACAGAGGGCAUGUUGGGCUUCUUCAUCUGCGACUCCCAGGAAAUUGCCUCUAGAGCCAGUUUUUUCUGUUCCUCUUGCCACGAUGCUAUGCCCUCUCCAAGCCAAAUUAAGGAAUGUGAAUGCAGACGCCGACAUCGGGGUCUGAAGGUAGUUAGAAUAAAGCGAAGACGUCAGAAGACACCAGUGACUGUGUUGGAGAGUGCUGAGAUACCAUGUCAGACGUUUGCCUACCGAUUGGUGGAGAGCGAAAAUUCUCCCCCCUCUCAGUGGUCAGACUCGGCAGAUCAGGCAGAUGAUGUGGACAAACCGCGGGACGGCAGUGGAACCGCCAAAACUGAACGGGAGAUUUCCGUGUUUGACGUCACUGGUGAGAAAUUUUGCAUUGUUGUGCCUUACCAAUUUUUCCUAAAAAAUAGCUGGCGGCCAAUCCAGCGAGGGCAUGCAUAAGACUGUCGGAACCUACCAAGAUAACACUUUUCUUCUGACCUUUCUAAUUCGAUUUGGCGGUAUCGUGUAUACCGCGAUGUCUAUGGAUUUAAAAGUCUUUGGCUCAUAGGUAGGCAGAGAUGCUGACUACGCAACUGCCAUUCACCGCACUCGACAAUAAACAUUUUCCAGCAUGCAGACCCCAAAGUAGGCAGCUUUGCAAAUUUGGAUCAAAAUAUGGCAAACUGGUAUGUGACAUGCGUCGGAUGGAGACCUUAUGACAUGAACCAGCGGGUCUCAUUCCAGCCUACUUGGCUUAACAAGGACGUGCUACUGGGACUUGAAAAAGGGAAAACCCGAGAUUACUUCUGCGUUUUCUUUUUUGACGCCCCUCUAGCAGCUGCUACUGUAUUUCAAGAAGCUGAUGCACUCGAGGUCGGGGAUAGGAAGGCUUCCUGUUGACGUUAUGACUGUCAUUGGAGGUCAAACUGCGGUGGUCUUUCUUUUAUGCAACUUUUAUUGUAAGUUCCUUCGUUUAGAGGUCACAGAUACUGAAGUUUGGGUGGUAGAACAUGAGAAUAAGGCUACGCCCAGCACUAGAAGUGGCUUUGCGCUAAAUCCCGGUGGGUACCAGUUCCUGUGUUCUAACUUUAGCCCUAACACCGGCCCUCAUGAUCCUAACCAUAAUUCCUUGAAAUUUAACGCUACGCCACGUGUAAUACGGGGGUCCAUAUUUCUGUGCUCUGCAGUUUGGCGCAUGUGCACGUAAGGACUAGAGUGUGAGCACCAGGCGUAGACGUGUGCCUAGUUUCACCAGUCAAUGCACCGCGCCUACCCUGUUAGCCAUGGCCUUUCUUAUCAGAUGAAUAGUACGGGUGUGAGAAGAGGAUGCUUCGGAGAUCUAACUCACAACAAAGACGUUCACGCGAGAGUUACAGCAGUAAAUGCUUCACAGCGUUGUGAAGUAUGGCUCCUGGACACCUUCAUUCACUUAGUGAUGUAAAAAACCGCAAAGUUCAGAGGAUGUAAAUGUUAAUUAUUGUAUUUCGAGCCUCGUCAAAAAAUAAAAGAACUUUUAAUGCGAACUCAUACAGCCAACUCGUCCACCAACCUUCGAAUUCGAGCAGCAUACUAUGUGCUGUGUCUGUCUCGUUAGUGAAUUAAAAAGAUCCGCUCUUACCUGACUUGCAGGAUGAGUCUGUUCUGAACGUUACGAUGUCUCCUGGAUGGAGGACCGUAAAUGAAGUCAGGCUAAUCUUUAAAUUUAGGACAACUGUUGACAACACUUCCUUCUGCCCAAAAAGGAUAUUCUCUUAUUUGCAUCUUAGUUGCGUACAGUCUAAAAUACAAUUGGGCAACUUUAUGACGUCUAUGUCGAAGCGUUCAUACUUGUUGAGAGUGCAGGGAACUCGGAGGUGACCAUAAAAUAUAGCUGUAUUUGAUGGGCAGCAAAUAUCUAGUUCCUAUAAGCACCGAAGCACUACGGAAGCUGACACAGCGUCAAAAUGAAAAAUGACGCAGGUGACCCAGAUAACGAUAUCUGAUGGAUGAAUGUUAAAUGCUAAUCAAUCCAUACGCAAAGUUGAAUCUGAACUGUUUGACGUCGAUCAAAAGAAAGCGAUCAAAUCUACUGACCCUAAAGAGUCUCUUUGCGAGUUCAAAGUUCUUUAAGAACCAGGCAUUUGGCCAGUAAAGUCUGGAAUAUAAGACAAGGAAAGACUCGAUUUUUUAAAUCAAGAAAUUCGUUCAAAUGUUUCCCUCUCAAGACACCUGUCUUAACUGCGGUCGCUGUCUGACGCACUGACCUUCCAGUUCGAUCGACUGAUUUGCUGACUUUAACAGACGCACACACGCACACGCCUAGACAGUUACAGCAGCUCACAUCAUACGCGACGCAGUGCGUACGAAUAGAAUCAAAAACUUGGAAUUCGCCCAGGAUUACUUAUCAAUGCCGUCUCACUCCGAGUCUCUGUUAGGCGAGACUUAACACUCUCAGCAUGUGUCCUGGGGUGCCCGCUGUGUCUGCUGCCUAGGACAAUCACGCAUGCUUCUGUAUAGACGCGUAUAUACACUCUGGCGUCUUGCAUCUCCUGCUAAUUGAUAUCUGGCCUGCGGAUUAUGACCCUCAUGUUGCACUUAUUACAUUAUUCGUUGAACUGUUACAACCCUGUGCCCGCGUCAAGUAGACAGCACCGGAACCCAUCGAAUAAUAAAAUCUGCACUAGGAAUUGCAGGAAUCUUGAUUUAACUUUAUAGAAUAACGAUCCUAUGUCAGUGAACAACAUAUCAAAAUCAAACACGUCAGAGGGAAUGAAGAACGAAAACCCUUGGCGUUUUGAGUACUGGACGAAAAGCGAUUAAAAUAGUUAAUCUGGAAUCGAAUAGGGCUCCACAUCGAAAUCCAGAUCAGAGGAGCACAACUAACCAACCAGAACCUACCUACAAGUUACUCGCAGCAGUGCAGGCGUCUGUAGGCCAUUCACCUCUUUGGUAAAGCAUGCACGCAGUCUGAUUAACAUUGACGCAGGCACUAUACAUUGUAACCUUAGGAUUGACUGCAUCCAAAUCAUCGCUGCGCGGCUACACCUACCGUCACAACCCGACACUAAUUAGUUACCUAUUAAUGGUCUAUCGACCGCUUCCUGUUCUAUCAGUAAUGGGGUUUUCGAUUCCCGCCAGCUCUUGCGAACGACUGAACUCAACGUUUUAAUGACUGAUUGGCAGGCCACGGGAAUGCGGACCCCAGUACUGUGGGCGGUCUUACACUAAGUUUCAGGGAGGUUAAGGUUAGGCCUACUGUUAGGGUGAGGGCCAAGGUUAUCAGGGUUAGUUUCGGUGUCAAUAUUGGGGUUUAAAGGGUUAGGAUUAGGGAAAAGUUAGGCCACGGGAAUAGUUGCCUCUAGCAUUUAGUACAAGGCCGUCGGUAAUGCGGGUUUCUCCACUCCCAUGGUAAACAGACUUACUAAGAUAUUUAGGCGAGAAACUUUUCAACGUAGGCAUAUAACUGUAGAAAAUUAUUAGCAUGCAUUUCCCACACUUUCUCAACCUUCUAAAAGGAAAUCGGUAGCUGAUGCACGGGAUUUGUUCGACGGACUUUUCGGAUUCCUAGUCGAAUCUAUCAAUAUAAAUAAAGCAUGGUUUAUUUAGAGAAUCUGGUUUUAUGUUACUGCCAGUCUUCUGAUUUAUGGGCAUUCUCAAGGCACAACGUUUAUUGUGGAGGUUGCAACUGUUAAUUUAAUAACCUGUCUAGAUGAAACUUCGUUUUUUUAUAUUCGAGCCAGCAUCCACAAUGUUCUCAUUCAGCAUGCCAGUGCCUUACUUACCAUGCUCUCUGGAUUCUUUACCGCGUGUCAUUCAUUUCUCACGGCAUUUCGAACACUGGAAAUGCCUGGGAAUAAAUGAUUCGUAUGUUGGCUUACUCCUCACCAGAAAAUUAUAGCUAUUUUGGGUGUCAAGCGUUUAAGUUCGCUGGAACCUGGCGGCGUGGAGUGGUUACCAUAGGUUACACGCUUCUUUUGCGCUAGUCAUUGUUCCUCGUUACUGCAGCGUGUUCGGACACCCGUUUCUACAAUGAUCAUUCCGGUAAGGUCCCUACCUCAGGUGUUAUUUAAAUGCGGAUGAAGCCUCUGGAGACAUUCUCGUCACACUUGACCACUAGACCAAAUUAGGCUUUCAGACAGUUGGGCCUUUUUUCUGAUUGUUGUGUAUGCCAGUUACAAAUUUAAGCGACCAACCGUGCGCUCUUGAUCUCCGUGAACGGAAGCGUGGGAGACAAUUCAACUUUAGUUUUGUUUUACUAUUCUUUAAACGGCAAUUUUAUUGCAUCGAUUACUAGGGUUUGGAGAAUAUAUCUGGAAACAGUUCUAAAGCUUAACCCCUUAAGCUCCCCCAAGCAAUGUUGUAGGGAGCUGAACGCGUUACACGAGUCUUCUCCAAUUCCAGCUAUCAACUUCCUUACGUUUAAUUUACUUACAUUGGUUCUGUGCGUUUAUGGUAGAGUUUUUCGAGAGAGUACCACUCGACGUCAAAAAUUUACGUCUCCUGCGGUAAGGAAAAGGAGGACGUUACGGGUGAAAAUAAGUUUUGUGAAGACGGAAAAGCUAAAUGAGUGUAAGACCUGUAGCUAGUGAUCGUAAUCAUUAUAUAUUCCUCACUGGUUAUAGAAACAUGGAUUUGACCAAAUUUGUACAGCUAGCUGAUAUAGCAUUUCUGUCACUAGGAAUACUUGAGAGUAAAAAUACGUCUGGGACGUCUAAAUAGUCGAAAAUAGCUACCAGAAAAAUGCCUGCGCCUGUAAUAUUUUUCAUUACACCACAUGAAUUUCGACCCAAUAUAAAACGCCAUCAAUAAUGGUAAAUAAGGAUAAAAUAGCUUUUUUCCGGAUUAUUAGCGGUCAGCAGUCAUGUGUGCUUAAUCCGGGCGGUUAUAUGUCCACUUAUAAACUGCCUUUACUGCAGUAUUUUCCUGUUAUAACCCUUCACGACUGGCACCCCAUCUGCGGUGACGCAUACUUGACAACACUGAACUAGAACCUGGAUUUUAUUGUCGGAAUUUACGUUUUCAGCGAGCAAACCGUGACGCAAAAGUAACUUACUGGCAAUGUAGAAUGCAACAAUUGCGUGGAUUUGUCGUCAAAAGCAAGUAGGAAGAGAGUAGAUAGGCAAAAACCCGCUGUUCCAAUCCCCAACGCUAGGAGGAGUGUGAUGCUCCUCGUAUACGUCUAUUUUAGAGCAAAAAGUUGCUGCAGUUUGGUUUUGCAUAAGUUUGUCUUGUUCAGAAGUGCCGCUCAGUAAACUGUGUUUCCAUCCUCAAUAACUUUGCCUUCCUGUUCUGAAUGGAAAGAAAAGAAACGUGCUUAUUAAGAAUUUAUCGUGACGAAGGUUUUAAUCGUAUCGUUAAAUAUCAAGCAGCAUGAUGUAGUUUAUCCGUAGAAAGUAAUUAAAUCUCCCUAAAGUAUGAAGAAGACGUCCGAGUGCAGCUUGAUGAAAUUACAAGCAGGUUUCACUCAUUAGUAUUAGAAUGUAAUCGAUAAAUUUUUUUAUUUGUGUUCGAUAGGUGUUUACCACUGGGCGCCAAAGCGUUCGAUAGAGGAGGUUAUCCUGCCAAAUAACCUUUAUAUUCCCAGCACCAUCAGGAAGGAGACAGCACGAACCUAUAUGCGGAACCACAUUCUCGUUUGCUUGCUUGCAGCUCCGUCCGCACCCCUUCUCGGUUUGCGCUCCUUCGUGCUGCCCCUGCGUGCUAGUAACAUUGAAAAUCGCCAAAUCCGCCCAAUCGUUUUUCUCGGAGACCUUGAAUUUCUGCGCCAGGAAUGGGAGGAGAUUUCAGACUUCCCCAAGAUCUUCAUCUUGCCAGGAUCCCCACUCUCCCGAAAAGACCUCUGGCGCGCACGCAUUCAUGUCUGCUCUGUCUGUGUGGUUUUGGGGAUCAGUGACACAGUGUGUGCCGAUGAUCCCUACCUGGUUGACAAGGAGGUCAUCCUCUGUGCUCUGAACAUUCGCGCCCUCAAAAUACCACAUGGGAUGCAGGAGUUAGUUUCAAAUGAGGGGACUGUGCGUUGCAGUGGUGCUGAAAUACCUCUUCUCACAGCCCUGACUAUGGAUUCAAACAUUCAUUUCCUCGACCCAGAGGACUUCGAAACGGGAAAGUCGGACGUAAAUGUCUACCUCACCAUACCAUUUGCCCGUGGCUUGGCCUUUUCUGCUUCGGUCUUGGAUGCUUUAGUGAGUACUGCAUAUUUUGAUCGGAGAGCCAUGACGCUGAUAAGAUACCUGGUCACCGGCGGGACAACACCUGUACUAGAACAAUGGGCAAGCUAUGGGGGUGAGUUCUGUGAGAACAUGGACAUCCAGGAGGACGCAUCUGGGAAAUUAGAGAGUGACUUGGCAAAACGGUUUAUUGAGACACUGAGUCAGAAUAAUUAUAAGCGUCCACAGAUCAGCCAAAUGAGCUUCCAGGACCCACGACUAGCUAGUAUUCGAUCUACAAAUGGAAGUUCCAAACUGCGAUUUGGAAACCUCUUCUGUCAGGCCAUUACGCGCUACGGAAUCCUCUGUCUUGGCCUGUUUAGACUAAGUCCGUCGGGAAAGAUUAUGGUCAAUACUCGGACAGACCCUUCCUGGUCGCAAUUCAGCCGAGACGUCUACGACGUUCAAGGUCCGCUCAGAUUACCGCGCAGAUCAAAUAUCCGUCCACCGCAGGACAUAUCGCAAGUUAGGUAUCUAUCAAAAACGCGCGAUUUGAGGAGUCAGGCUCAACUACCAUCUUGUGCAGCUAAUCUCCAGGUCCCGCCGCCAGCGUUAUCAAAAGAUGAUGACCAUCAUGAUUCCUCUGUUAGCCUUAAGGUAAUAUCCCAGCAAAACUACUCAGCUGCAAACAGCCGCUAUGUGAUUACAAGUCCACCCAAUGACUUCCCCGUUUACGACACGGACCUUGUGUUCUGUCUUACGCCGCACUUAUGA